AUGUCCCAUCUAACGUCUCCUCUUCGUCCAAGCUCUAGACCAUCAUCGCGCAGCUCCAACGGCCGAUCUGCGAGUCCUUCGGUGUCCUUGUCGGACGACGCAGUUGCCAUACGCAAUCAGAUGUCCACGCUCAGACAUACUAUCCGACACCAGCAAGCUCAGUUGCAUAGCCUCGAAAAUACAGUUCUCCGUGGACCGCGCCCGCUGCCUCUAGGAAUGCUCAACUCGCCGCCCCGCUCACCGACCGAACUCGAUCUGGCUUCUACGUCCGGAAGCACCUACAUGUCUCCACGACUGCAGAAGCGCAAUAGUUUCGAUAUCUUGCAGGGUCUCGCGGGACCAGAGUCAAGCUUACCAUUGCCACGGAGGGACGAGCGGAGAUUGUCAUUCGGGGAAGAGAACGGAAUUCGGGAGGGCAUACCUUCCGGGACGCGCGCGCAAAGUCCUACACGGACGCUUAGUCGUAUACCAGUAUCAUCCGUAGGUAACGCACGAGCACUCGCGGAGGAAGGCCAGCAAGACAACUCGCAUCUUGCGUCCUCUCAGUUAUCACCGAAUCAUGGGUCAUCGUCGUCUCCCCACGGUCUGACGACUUCGCCUAGUCGCAGAUCGUCGUUUGCUCCCGGAAACACCACGAGGGUGCUCGCGGACCUCCAGGCUGGUGUUCUCAACGCGAAGACGGCACUGGAGAACACGAAGGCCCAGCUCCGCGUGAGUCAGCGACAAGUCAGCCAAUUGACGCGACAGACGGAGGACCUGAAGGAGGUGCGGGAGCGGCUCCGGCUGGAGAACGAGGGCCUCAACAACGUGGUGGCUCGCAAAGAGCGUCUGCUGCAAGAGGUCCUUGAGCGUGCGCGCAAGGCAGAAGCGGAAAUGAUCACCCUCAAAACCCAGCUCAAGUCCGAGACGACCACGUCGAAGAAGUCCCUCCGCGAGAUGGAGACGGCACUCACGGAAGCGACCGCACGUUCCCACAAGGCAGAACGCGAGUACGUCGUCCUUCGCGACUCGCUCAAGGGUCUGGUCGCCUCUUUCCAGGCAGACACGGACGCAAUCAAGGAGGAAGUGCGCAAGCGAGAGGACAAAAUCCUGCGGGAUGCGGAAGAGAUGGGCAAGCGCUACGCACGUUUAGUGGCAGAGGUGCGCCGCGAGCGGGAGGACGGUAGCUCUGUGGUCGGCGAGGCCAAGCGGCUACGGGAGGAGAAUGAGCGGAUACGGAAGGAGGUAGAGGAGAGCUUCCGGGAGGACAUCCAGCAGCUUCGCUCCGAGGUGGACAGGCAAGGGAAGGAGAGUGACGAGGCAUGGCGAACUGCACGGAAUCUCGCAGAGGAGCUCGCGCGGUUGCGCAGGCUCAUGCGGAUGGAUCCAGAAGCUUCCCAAGCAGAUGCUCCUGCCCCUCCAUGA